AUGGAAUUGAUCCACUUCCACACUUACUCCUUUCUGUGGAAUCGUCGCUCCAUCUUGUUUCUUGUGGAUGAUAUUCCGAUAAGAGAAUAUGCAAACAAGGAGAGGAAAGGAAAGCCAUAUCCGAGAAAGCAGGCGAUGGGGAUCUACGGGUCUUUGUGGAACGCGGACGACUGGGCUACACAAGGAGGGAGGGUGAAGACAAACUGGACCAACGCUCCAUUCGUAGUCACCUUCAACUCCUUGGAGAUCGACGCGUGUGCUUUCUUGUCGGACAAAGCAGACGACGUUGAUGCAGUGGCAAAGUGCGGGAAGUCAGGCCAGUUUUGGUGGGAUAAACCGGUGGUGAAGGAGGAGCACAAGAGAAGGAGAAAACAGCUCAAGUGGGUUCGUGACAACUUCUUGGUUUAUGAUUAUUGUAGAGAUGUUGGCAGGUUUCCCCAAGGAUUACCCAAAGAAUGCCAUGGUUGA